AUGUCAGACGAUAAGAUCGAACCUUCUUCACCUUUUUACCUCUCUGCAGGAGACCAGCCCAGUAAUUUGAUCACACACGUGGUCUUGAAGGGCAAAGACAAUUACUUAGCGUGGUCACGGGCGAUUACUUUGUCCUUGAAAUCACGUAGGAAGUACGGUUUCGUGAAUGGAACUGUUCCGAAACCGAAGGACGAGGCCAAGUUGCUGGAUUGGGUGACUAAAAACUCGAUGAUUGUUGCUUGGAUUCUCAAAACCAUGGCACCAAAGGUCGCCAUAUCAAUUCCGUAUAUGGAGGAAGCACGACCUCUUUGGGAGUAUUUGGAGAAGCGCUUUUGCGUUUCCACGGGCCCGCGCUUGCAACAACUACGGGGACGGAUUACGAAAUGCCGACAGACCAAGGGUAUGUCAAUCGAAGACUAUUACAAUCUGUUGAUGGGGUUGUAUGAUGACCUUCAUCAAUUAAAGCCCCCUCAUGGCUGUGAAUGUGGGAAGUUUCCCAAUGAGAAUUUCCAACAGAAGCUUCACCAGUUCUUGAUAGGGAUUGAUGAUGAUCUAUACGCGGUUGUCCGGUCGAAUUUGUUGUCUCAAAAACCUCCUGUGACUUUGGAGGACGCCUUGGAAUCACUCAUUCAAGAAGAAGAAUCAAGAGGAAUAGCGCAUGGGAAGGCCGUGAAUGAUACCGUGGACACUCACGUGUUUGCGGUACCGACUGAUCAUUGGAAAGGUGGGGCCGAUCGUUGGAAGGACAAAUCAAAACUCUCCUGCUCCCAUUGCCAGAAAACGGGUCACAAAAACUCUACGUGCUUCAAAUUGCACGGCUACCCAGAAUGGUGGCCGAAUAAAAACAGGAGCUGCAAGAGUGGCAGCUGGUCCACUCGACCUUCCAACUCGCCUGCUGACCGGAACAGACCUAGUGGUGCUAUGACAUCACGUGCGAACGCUGUGAGCAGUAGCGUUGGUGGGGCAGUCCACUCGUCGAGUCAGUCGCAACCCAGCAACACUGUUGGAGUCUCCUUGGAUGAUCUUAAACCCGAGCAUAUUCAGGUUCUCUUAAAUAUGGUCAAUAAUCAAAAACAAGAUCGGAUGAUUGGACCAUCACUCGGGGAGCCUGAUUGGGGCCGGUGAACGCAAGGAUGGACUAUACUUUUUCCGGCGUCUUCCUACAGUAUGUGCAGUGACAAUCCCGAAGAUUUCUGAAUUUGAACUGUGGCAUAGGCGAUUGGGACACCCGUCGGACAAGGUCGUCAAGUUAGUACCCGCAAUUAGUGAUAGCUCUCAUAGAAAAGCAUUAAAUAAAGCAUGCGAUGUGUGCCCUCAAGCAAAACAUUCACGGGCUAGCUUCCCUAGUAGUGAUAGUAGAGCUAGUCGGAUUUUUGAAUUGAUUCAUUGUGAUUUAUGGGGAGCAUAUAAAACUCCUUCUACUUGUGGUGCUCAAUAUUUUUUGACAUUGGUUGAUGAUUUUUCAAGAGGUGUUUGGGUGUAUUUGUUGAAU